AUGAAUAAAUUUUAUAUUCAAAUUGUUUUUUUUCUUUUAAGCAUCUUCAUAUAUGUGAAUAAUAAAACCCUUGCAACUGAGCUGGCUCCAGAAGAAAAUACAAAAACAAAAGAAGAAACAAAAACCAAACCAAAAAGACGUUAUCCUACUCCAGAAGAGAUAUAUGAAAAAAACAAGCAACUAUUAUGUACUGAUCCCAAAGAAAUAGAAAAUGCAGUCGAACUUAUGAACGAAGCUAUAAUACAUUUAGCAUAUCAUGCUACAAGUAAAGAUGAUUAUGAAUUAUGUGAAUCAAAUCUAUCUUAUAAUAAUACUUUUAGUAAAAAAAAACAUGGAGAUACAGUUGUUCAAAGAAUUAGUUUUAUAUAUCAUGUCCAUACGUAUAAUGCAAUAACAAACAUAUUAUGGGAUCCUGCUCUUGCAAAUAAGUUCAAUAAUAGCUCUGUUAAAAGAAAAAUUGCCCGUGUGUACAACCCAAAUUUAGUGAUAAUACAGCAACGUUACAAAAGUUGGUUUGCCUCAGAAAUAUUUUUAUGCUUUAGCUGCAAAAUAUCAGAAAAAAAAACUAUAAUUGUCAUGACCUCAGCAAAUAUAAAUGAUCACAACAGUAAAAAUAAGCAUUCGUAUAAAAAUACAAUAAUAGAAAAUGCAAAUUUAUUCACAACUGACAUUAAUUCUGAAAAUGAUAUUAGAAGAGGAAAAUUGAAAAAAACAUUUGUUAACAUAGCUGGAUACCUCAUUGAAAAAAAAGGCCUUUAUAUUAAUAUCACUUAUCUCGAAUCUAUUGAUGGGCAUACUUCCAAUUAUGAAGAUUUAAUUAAAGUAAGGUAUUUAAAUAAAUUUUUUCAUUAUAAAAAAAAAUGGCUUUUGUAA